AUCCGUACGCCUACAUUAUACAUGUAGUGUUCCUUACAAUGGACCCAAUGGAGCGCAAAUAUUGAGAAUACCGCACUCUCAUGCGACGGCGUCAUAUCGCCAGAAUAGGGUCGACCGUGUCAUCUUUGUUAUAUGUAUAUUUAACGUACUCAUCGGUGUAGCCUUGAAUCAUGUGCACCCUCAUGCUAAUAUCAAUAUCAACAGGCAGCGCGAUUAGAUAGUUUUGUAACUCGCGUUGAGGAUUAUCUACGUUUACUUCACGACACAGAAAUAUUGCAUACGUGACUCCGCUGGUGACUGUCAACUGGCGAUUCGCGUCAGCUUCUCUUAAUUCUACGUUAAGGAAUCGUUUUUAGCACAUUUUCACCUCCAGGCUUGAAACAUGGGGUGUAUCCAAUCUAAAGAAAGAGAAACAACCGGGAAAAGCGACCCGAAGAAAUUAACAAGUGACGUCACACAUGACGUCAGCUCGAGUCGUGUGUGUUCAACUCUCCCGCCAAACUCUCAGCCACCACGUGAAAAAGUGAAACAAGCUGCCACUACAACAACCACUGUGCAACACCCUACGCUAGAACGCAUGUCUAACACGGAGGAUUUUACUUCGGCUCUGAACAUGUUUAAAGAAAUGGAAGCUCGAGCUUUCAGGCAACUGAGCAGGAAGGGCCGCAGUAGACGUAGCGGCACGCGUCCUUUCCGAGGAGUAAGACGGCUGGUUAGAACUACAGAGGUAGAAGAGGAAGAUGAAGGGGAGAAGGAUGGUGAGGACGACGAUGACGAUGAAGAAGAGGAUGAUCUGGCACCUCAGGCAGUUAAAGGAGCAAGGACCGCUGAUGUUAAUCAACUUGUUAUAGAGCUGACAGGAGAAAAAAGUCAGCCACCCACUACAAAGGAGGAAAAAUACGUGACACGUGUCAACGUCCAAUUGAACAACAACAAGACAGGUACGCCGGAAGUAGCACCAGACACGCGUGUAGCGCCUCCUCCGGCCCCGCCUAAACUUCGCAGGAAAGAUCUUAUCAAUGAUCAGAAUACCCUGAAGAAUAUUGAUGAUCAUGCUGCAGUUGCCCCAGUAUCUGCCUGUACUUCCCUUCCCGCUCUAGUCCAGUACCUUUCGCGUCCGUGUUCUAACGAUUUACAGCGAGCGAGGGCGUUCUACCGUUGGAUCACAGGAAAUAUCAGCUACGCCGUCUCCAGCUACCGCUCUGGCAGCUACAAGUACAAAGACAACUCAGCGGAGGCAGUUUUCCGUAGACGUCGCUGCGUGUGCGCUGGGUAUGCUAGAAUAUUCAAGGAAAUGUGCAGACUGGCCGGUAUUCCCUGCGAGGUGGUGUGUGGACACGCUAAAGGAGUUGAUAACACCCCUGGUAACGUGUUGACCGGAAAGGACGCCAACCACGACUGGAACUGCGUGUACAUAGACAACUCCUGGUGGCCGGUAGAUUGCACGUGGGGAGCUGGCUUCAUCACAGAGGACUUCGGCUUUAAGUUUCGUUUCAACGACUUCUAUUUCCUUACGGACCCCGACAUCUUCGUGUUCACUCAUUUUCCUUACAACCCCAAGAAGCCAAACUUUGACGACUGGCAGCUGAUAGCCAAACCCUGGUCAUUGACUAAAUUUGAAAAGGCGCCGCUAUUAGAACCAGCGUUCUUCUCCUUGGGCCUUGAUCCGGCGUCUCUCAGUCACUUUUUAAAUGUCAUCGAGUUUCGAGACUCGGUUGAGUUGUCUUUCCGGGGAUCGACAGCCAUUAGUACAGUGCAGGAGCUGUUUGACAGCAAGUCGGGACAGAGCUACGCUGACUUCAGCUUUAAAUACGAAAACCAGCGAGACUUCAAGUCUGUGUCUUGCACCUUUAAACCUCCGUCAACGGGAGAUUACACUCUGAAAUUAUUCGCCAAAGACUUGCACAAAGACAGCGAGGACGCCGAGUACAAGUGGCUUGGGGAGUUUCUGCUACGAUGCACCAAGGCGUCUCAACCGGCGCCGUCUUCUUACCCGAGUGCUCUGCGCUGGGGUUUCGGCCCAAAGGCGGUGGCUAUGGGAUUGCGCUUCAGUCAUGGGAAGCCGUCGGCUGUCGUCAAAGAUGGCGUCGCCAAGCUACACUUUGAAAUUGAUAAAUCCAAGCAGUCCAUUUCUACCAUAUGCAAAGUUACAACAUCCGAAGACAAAGUACUGGAGAAUGCUUCGUUUAAAGAAUACACAGAUACUGGUUUCACGUAUUUAGUAGCUGUUCCCAAGAAAGGCAACUACAAGUUCACCCUGUACGCUAAGCAUGCUUCCUCGGACUCUAACAGCUUUGCUUUCGUGGGCGAUUUUCUCAUUGAGUGCAAUACACUCAUUAAGGCUCCGGUCUCCUUUCCCAAGGCCAGCCCAAAUUUUGGAGAAGGAUGCAAGCUGUUCGAACCUAUACACGGAUUUCUUCAGUCUAACAGACAGGUGAAGUUCAGACUCCGCAUCCCAGGAGCAGCGAAGGUGGCCGUGAUUUUGGGGGAAAGCGAGUGGACGCACCUGACUCAGCACGGUAACGACACUUGGGAGGGGUUGGUGUCUCUCUCGGGGAACGCUAAGUCUGCCGGGGUUUACCUAUCUAAGGGCGGAAACAAUUUUACAGAGGUGUUGUCGUAUAAAGUCGGGUGACUCAGAGUUAUUUGAUUAUUUGAAUGCGGUCGCAGUAGUAGCUAGCAUGCACUUCCCAUGUAAAUCACUAUUGUACAAGAGGAGCGUCUGUGCAUUUGUUAGACGACCAGCUUAAGCAUGCAGCUUUCGGUGGGUUGCAGGCCAAAAUAUAUAGAUAUCGCUCUUAGGUUACUGCAAUGGGCUCAAUCUCUUCAUAUUAUGGUGUAAAUUGUGAAAGCACUCCAGAAUAGAGUCAAGAUGUUAAAUGGGCGCGAUUUUACCAAUUUUAUCAUUUUGCACAUUUGGCGAGGCCAUUAUCAGCAUACUGUAAAUCGGCUAGUUAUGGAACUGACGGUGAAAACCUGGAAAUUGGACUUUUAAAAGUCACGUCAUCCAUAUUGGCCAUUGUUUUGCUCGCUCUUCUCGACUCUCUCCCACGUCGACCCUGCUCGCUCUCCCCGGCUGAUUUUAUACCAUGGUUGAAUAAGAAUUGUGCAUUUACUUCAAACGCAGAUAGUUUUAAUGUGACAUAUAAAUGUCAUAUAGAUAUUAAACGUCCAGUUUGGUAAAGGAGGAGGAGGAGAAGUGAGUAAAGAAGAAACUAUAGAUUGUGUUUGCUGUGCUUGGUUGGGACGGCUAGAUUUCAAUUUAUGUAUUGUGUUCAGAACGUUGAUCAACUAGAGCUUCUUUUUAUGAAAUAAUUUUAUAUGCCUUGUUUAAUCUAAGUCUAUAUAAUGCAAUGCCUGCAAUGAGGUAAGGUGCUCGUUAGCUUUUGGCAUUUUUAUGUUUCUUUAUCACCCACUGGGAAAUACAGGGAGGGAUAUGAUUGCUAAUAGGAAAUUAUGUCUGAAUAUUAUGAACAGUAUAAUGAGUGUGGUGCAAAUCGGUAAUAAUGGAACGGAUGUUAUUCAUUAUAAACAUCAUCGGGUCUUUUUAAGUGAUAAGCUCUAUGAGCGAUCGAAUUUUGAAACGGAUAUAUUUUGUGCUCAAUAGGUGUACGAGAUGUUGUAACACCGACUUCACAUGAAAUGUUAUGAAUUCUGUUAUGUUUCAUAAACAGUUUCAAAUAAGAUUUUUUGCGUAUUUUUUAAUAUAUGUCAGACCGUAUAAAAGUUGGGUCAAUAAGUAAGUACUGAUUAGCUAUUUCCUGACCAUGCUAUUACUAUAACUGUUAAAUAAUUUACUCAAACGAUAUA